UUUGGGGCUCUUUUGGGGCUUGUUUUGACCUUGCAUUUGCAGGCUGCUUUGACCUUGCUUUUGGCCUUGAUACUGGCAUGGUUUGGGGUUUGCUUUGUGGGGUGGGGGCAGCUGUGGGGGCUGAUACUGUGUUUGCUUUGGGGCUGGUUAUGGGGUGGGUUAUGGGGUGGGUUUUGGGGUCGGUUUGUUCUCUCUGACCCCUCUCUGUGUCCCCCCCCCCCAGCUCUACAGCUGCCAUUGGUGAGCGAUGGGGGGGGCCGGGCCGCAGCCCCCGAGGUCCCCCAACACGCACCCCCCGCCCGGCCCCGUCACAUGCUGGGGCUGCCCCAGCCGCCAUUCCUGGUGCCCCGCAGCGUCGAGAGCAUUGAGAUCGACCAGAAGCUGCAGGAGAUCAUGAAACAAACCGGCUACCUCACUGUGGGGGGGCAGCAAAUGAGGCGCUCGGGGAACAGGGAGGAGAACAAACGUAUCCUGAUGGAUCUGGAUGUGGUGCUCAAGAGCCACGACUGCCCUUAUAUCGUGCAGUGCUUCGGUACCUUCAUCACUAAUACCGACGUCUUCAUCGCCAUGGAGCUGAUGGGGACCUGUGCUGAGAAGCUGAAGAAACGCAUCCAAGGUCCCAUCCCUGAACGUAUCCUGGGCAAGAUGACAGUGGCAAUUGUGAAGGCCUUGUUCUACCUGAAGGAGAAGCACGGGGUGAUCCAUCGUGAUGUCAAACCCUCCAAUAUCCUGUUGGAUGAGAGGGGGCAGGUGAAGCUCUGUGACUUCGGUAUCAGCGGGCGCCUGGUUGACUCCAAAGCCAAGACACGCAGUGCUGGGUGUGCUGCUUAUAUGGCUGUAAGUCCCUAUAACCCCCUCUACGACCCCCAUAUCCCGUUUUCCCCCAAUCCCCCUCACUUUUCCCCCCCAUUCCAGGAGCACAACUUCAUCAAGCGUUACGAGACGCUGGAGGUGGACGUGGCCUCGUGGUUCAAGGACGUCAUGGCACGUACAGAAUCCCCCCGCAGCGCCGGCGGCCUCAGCCAGCACCACCUGCCCUUCUUCACCAGGUAGCACCCGGCCCCACAAGUGUCACCUCCCCCCAUACACCCCCCCAUUAUGUGA